AAGUGCACCAGUCCCGCACCGCGCAUGCGCGCUACCCGAUCAAGUGCCUGAAAGCAAUACCGGAGCGUGCUGAAAUAGUUUUCUACAAUUCUUCCAUCAUUGAAGACAAUCCAACGUUUAACGUUCGUCGUUACAGCCGAAAGGGAGAAUAUGUCAUCAAUUUGGUUUUCGUUUCAAGGGCUGUUAUGGACAAUACCGUGUCGAUGGACAUAAUAUUCUACGAGUACCUACACAACGAGUACAGGCGCUCGUUCCCGGAGAUGCAUUUCAAGUUGUGCGAUCUGAUCAGCAGUGACCCUUAUGUCGGUAAAACUAUGAGGGAAGCUGGUCUGAGUUCCUGUCCUAUCCUUCCAGGCAAACAUGCUAUUACGAAUAUGACGUUCAACCACAUAAUACCUUCGGUGUGGCCGUUUGAGAGAGGGAUGACGGAAUUCAUCAUCAAACAUACUAACACAUCUAGAAUCGCAGUGGGCAAACUGUUUUUAAAAUUUAAGCAAUAAAAUGUAAAAAAUAUUUAACAGUAA